CUCGCCCGUGGGCGCCCCCCGCCCUGUGUCCCCUUGGGGCGCAGGUUGGGUGGGACCGUCUGGGUCAAAGGGCAGGAACAAGAAGAGACUUUCCGGUGUCACUGAGUGUUUUCUAGCGGCGGACGCUGCAGAUGAGCAGCGCCUCCAGCCCCUCCAAGGGCGACCAUUCCCAUCUUUUGUCGCUCUGACAGAUGCGGAAGAUGCCGCGGGGGCGGGGACAAUGUCGGGGUUUUAUUUGCGCUUGUGGGGGACGCCUCGUUACCUGGCGCCCACACGGGGCACUGGCCAGUGGGAGCUUCCAAAAGCUGUCCCUGACCUUUGACCUCUUGUCUCGGGGGACUCCCGGGGCCCCUGCGCAGGCGCUCCGCCUCUCAGGCGAGCCUCUGCGUGGGAAGCUACACACACGCGUGCUCAGGGCUUUGGGACACAGGCUGGGGAAGAGAGGGGGAGUCUGGGGAGAAUCAUAAGGCGGUAGGGAGCCGCCGCGGAGGCCUCUGGGAGACGAAGUCUUUGAGCGGCGACUAACCCUUCCCUUCUUCCCUCCUGGAGGAUUCUGGGAAGUGUAGUUCCGCGGCCUGUUUUGUGCAGACGCACUUGCUUACGGGCCUGAAGGACUUUCUUCCAAAGAAGAGACAAGUAAGAGGAGGAAGGAAUGGCAACUGGGCUCUUGACUUCUGCAUCCCAGGAGCCCGUGACGUUCCGGGACGUGGCCGUGGACUUCAGCCAGGAGGAGUGGGGGCUGCUGGGCCCUGCCCAGAGGGACCUGUACCGGGAUGUGAUGCUGGAGAACUACGGGAGCCUGGCCUCCCUGGGGCUCGUCCUUGCCAAGCCCGGGCUGGUCUGUCUCCUGGAACGAGGCGGGGAGCCGUGGAAGCCGGACCCAGGACUCCCGGGAGGCCCAUGUUCAGCCUGGGAGACCAAUUCCAAGACCAAGGUACUCUCUCCAGAAUGGAACAGAUCUGAAGGAAGACCAUCUGAGAAAGUUAUUACAAAGAAUGGUCCCUCACAAUUCAAGUUGAAAGAAGCCUGGAACUAUGUGGGCAAAUUAAAGAGAGAGCACAGAACUAAGGAGGGACAUUUGAGGCAAGUGACAAUCACACACCAGAAAAUUGCCACUGAGGAGAGUGUCUCUGAAUGUGGUGGAUUUGAGGGGAACUUUGUGACACAACAGAGAAUUCCUGAAAAUGAGAGACUCGAUAACUGUGAUAAACACGGAAAUGUCCUCAAACAGAGUUCCGACCAAAUUAAACACCAGAGAAUCCAUGCUGGAGAGAAGUCCUAUGAAUGUAAUCAGUGUGGGAAGGUCUUCAGCCAGAACACAUGCCUUACCCAGCAUCAGAGAAUUCAUACUGGUGAGAAACCCUAUGAAUGUAAUGAAUGUGGAAAGGCCUUCAGCCAGAUCUCCUCCCUUUAUUCCCAUAAGAGAACUCAUACUGGAGAGAAGCCUUACACCUGCAGUGAAUGUGGGAAAGCCUUCAGUUACCAUGCAUCCCUCACUCAACAUAUGCAAACUCACACUGGCGAGAAGCCCUAUGAAUGCAGUGAAUGUGGGAAAGCUUUUAGUCGGAGUACGUAUAUUAUUGAACAUCAGAGAAUUCACACUGGAGAGAAACCCUAUGAAUGUACUGACUGUGGAAAAACCUUCAGGUACUGCUCAUCUCUUACUCAACAUCAGAGAAUUCAUACUGGAGCAAAACCUUAUGAAUGCAGCGAAUGUGGGAAAGCCUUCAGAUACUACUCGGUCCUUACGCAGCAUCGGAAAACUCACACUGGAGAGAAACCCUAUGAGUGUGGUGAAUGUGGGAAAACUUUCAGACAGAGCUCAGCCCUUUAUUCCCAUCAGAGAAUCCAUACGAGAGAAAAACCCUAUUUAUGUAGUGAAUGUGGAAAAGUCUUUAGCCAGAAUUCAACCCUCACUCGCCAUCAGCAGACUCACACUGGAGAAAAACCCUAUGAGUGCAAUGAAUGUGGAAAAGCCUUCCGACUGAACUCGGCUCUUUUUUCACAUCAGAAAACACACCCUGGAGGGAAACCCUACAAAUGUAAUGAAUGUGGGAAAACCUUCAGCCAGAGCUCAUCCCUUUCUUACCAUCAAAGAACUCAUACUGGGGAGAAACCAUAUGAAUGUAGCGAAUGUGGGAAAUCCUUCAGUCGGAAGACAUUCCUCACUCAACAUCAGAGAAUUCAUACCGGGGAGAAACCUUAUGCGUGUAAUGACUGUGGGAGUGCCUUCAGUAGGCGGGCAGCCCUGACCAAGCAUCAGAAACUGCACACUGCAGAAUUAACCCUGGGGGUACAAUGAAAGGGAAAAAAGUUGAACUUAGACUUUUCACUUUGUUAAAUACCCAAGAGUCCAGAUAACAUUUCUGUCAGCCAUUAUGACAGUGGGAUGUUGGUAGGGGAAAAUGUUUGGGAAGGGGGGGAGUCUUACUUUAGCAAUCUCCUUGGGUGGUAAGAGUCAUACAGAUUCAAGUAGUCUGUCUGAAAAUAGAAUUAAUACCCCCCAACUUAUGAAUCCAUUUUAAAAAAUAAAACCUUUUUUC